ACGGUAACAGACAGACUCGACCUGCUGCUCAAGUGUCAUCUUUACCACGACAACUACGGCUCGGAUCACCGGGCUACCUUCUCAGAAUGGAUUCUAGACACUAAGCGUAACACCAAUGCUAAGCCAAGGAAAGCCUUCGACCGAGUGGACUGGGAGAAGAUUGGAAUGGAGGUGCUGAGCCUUAUGGGAAAACAAGGGGAGCUACAUUCAGCCGAGGCGUUGGAUGCAACAGUGGAAAAGCUCACCACUACGAAGGCAAGCGCGGUCGAAAAGCAUACACCCGAUCUACGACCUUCCCCGUACGCCAAACAAUGUUUCACCGCCGACCUCAAGAGCUACCAAAACGAAGUGAAUUGUCUACGGCGGAAAGUAGUCUACGCGGGGAAGAAGAGAAAGCCGGGAGGGCCAGGUCUGAGGACUUUGCAAGACGGAUCAGAUAACUUUUGA